CGUUGAAAUACCCAGAUGGUUUUUAGAAAUUCCUACGAUUCAGACAACACCGUAUUCUCUCCACAAGGUAGGCUACACCAGGUCGAAUACGCAUUAGAAGCUGUUAGACAAGGUUCUGCUGCCGUCGGAUUGAGAUCGAAAACACACGCAAUUUUACUCACUUUAAAGCGUUCAACUGGCGAGUUAGCAAGCUAUCAACAAAAAGCUUUCAAAAUAGACGACCAUUUGGGUAUCGCUAUUGCUGGAUUGACGAGUGAUGCAAGAGUUUUGAGUAAUUACAUGCGCAAUCAAGCUAUGUCAUCUAGAUUACUCUAUGGUAGACCUAUCCCUGUUGGUAGAAUAGUCUCUCAAAUCGCUGAAAAGGCUCAAUUGGCGACUCAACAAUAUGGUAGACGUCCAUAUGGUGUCGGAUUUUUGGUAAUUGGACAGGAUGAAACCGGUCCUCACCUCCAUGAGUUCAGCCCUGACGGUAACGCAUUCGAAUACGUCGCAAUGUCUAUAGGAGCACGCUCACAAAUGGCUAAAACAUACUUGGAAAAGGAAUCUGACAACUUCGAGGGCAGUGACUUGAACACUCUUAUAAACCACGGUUUGCAAUCAUUGAAAGCAUCUCUCCAACAAUCAAAGACACUCACACCUCUUAACACCUCCAUUGCAAUUGUCGGUCCACCUGGUCCAAACGAACAAGGCGUUAAAGCUGAGGGUUCAUUCAGAAUACUCGAGGGUGAUAACGUAAAGCCAUACAUUGACGCACUUGGUCAAGAAGAAGAAACUCAGCAAAGGACAACCGGCGAUGUUACAAUGCAAGAGUAGAAAUGUAAUCCAAAUUGAACUGAAUUUUAUAUGCAUGAAUUAU